UUAUUGUAUGUAGGAAUCAUAUGAUUUUCUGCACGUGGUGUUCACAUAUAAUUGUUCAGUCACAUAGUUGUCAUGUGAACAUCUAAAGUUAGAUUAUAUAAAGACUUUGGUUUUCAUGAAAUAAUUUAGAUCCGGACGUACAGAGAAAACCUGACUAAAGAUGUUCCGUGUAACAGUAGCAGUUUGCAUUAUCGCCGCCGUGUUUGGCGCCCCAUUUGACAAGUCCCUGGACAGCGAGUGGGAGGCGUACAAGGUCACACACAAGAAGAAUUAUGUCUCAAAAGAAGAGGAAUCUUUAAGACGGCUUCUGUGGGAGGACAAUUUACAGUAUGUACAGUCGCACAAUUUACAGGCUGAUAGAGGGGUGCACACAUUCUGGCUUGGCAUGAACGAAUAUGCUGACAUGGGAGUCAAGGAAUUCGUCGCUGUGAUGAAUGGCUACAAACACAACGCUACUGCUGUUUCACGUUGCGGACAUUAUAUGACCCCUAACAACAUUGAAGUCAGUGACCUCCCCGACACCGUUGACUGGAGGGACAAAGGUUACGUCACACCAAUCAAGAACCAGGGACAAUGCGGCUCUUGCUGGUCGUUCUCAGCAACUGGAUCUCUUGAAGGACAACACUUCCGUAAGACACAAAACCUCGUCUCUCUCUCCGAGAAAAACCUAAUGGACUGCUCCGAGAGAGAAGGUAACCAUGGUUGCAAGGGAGGACUUAUGGAUCAAGCUUUUGCCUACGUCAUCCAGAACAAAGGAAUUGAUACCGAAGAAUCAUACCCAUACGAGCCAAGGGACGGUCUAUGUAGAUUUAAGGCUGACAAUAUUGGUGCUACUGAAGUAAGCUGUAUGGACAUUGAACACGAAAGCGAGUCUGAUUUACAAAAAGCCGUUGCUAUGGAAGGUCCAAUUUCCGUUGCCAUUGACGCCGGACACCGAUCCUUCCAACUCUACAGGAGCGGAGUUUACAAAGAGCCAGCAUGCAGCAGUAUCCGUCUUGACCAUGGCGUUCUCGCCGUAGGGUAUGGUAGUGAGUCUGGACAAGAUUACUGGCUUGUUAAAAACAGUUGGGGUACCACAUGGGGAGAUAGAGGUUUUGUCAUGAUGGCCAGAAACGACAAGAACAUGUGCGGUAUCGCUACACAAGCAUCAUUCCCAACAGUAUAAAUUCAUACACAAAAACUGCACGUGAAUUUCGUGCUUAAUGAUACUGUGAUAAUUCCAAAGAGAUUAAUUUUUUAAAAUACUGACAAUUUCGCGAUGUGAUCAAAAGUGAACAAGUCAAAUGUUGUUUUGUUUUGCUAUGUUGAAAAUAUUAAAAACGUUAAAUUAAAAAUA